CCUUUAACAUUUCAUAUAAUAAGGGCUUGGUGAGAACUAUGUGAGAUGUGAGUAAAGAUUAGAAUUCUUAUUUGGAAUGUCUUCCGUAGCCUCAUAACUCUGAGCUGAUUCUCUGGAGACUCUGAUUCAUUGGUGUUACAGGUAUCACUUUUUCUAAGGAAGUUAUUCAAGGGAAACAGUACCAAUAGCAAUAACAGGAGCAAAAUAACAGUGCUAUUAUGGGAGUCAGCAUCUACCACAAAAGAAAGGUUUGGUGCAAGAAGUCCAAGAGCCAGGACAUCAGCUUAAGGCUGUUGGUGAAGCUAUACAGGUUUCUGAGAGAACAAACCAACACCACCUUCAACCAGGUGGUGCUGAAGAGGUUGUUCCUGAGUCACCCCAACUGGCCAUCUCUGUCCCUUUCCCAGAUGAUCUGGAAGAUGAAGCAUCCUGGCCAGGAGGGCAAAACUGCUGCAAUUGUAGAGACUAUAAGCUGUAGCAUACAUGUCCAGGAGGUGCCCAAACUGAAAGUGUGUAUACUUUAUGUGAGCAGCCAUUCCUGGAGCCGCAUCCUCAAGGUUGGGGGCCAGAUCCUCACCUUUGACCAGCUGGCUCUGGAUUCCCUCAAAGGCUGUAGCGCCAUCUUGCUUUCUGGUCCUCACAAGGGUGGAGAGGUUUACAGGCCAUUUUGGCAAGGCCCCAGAACCCCUCACAGCCACACCAAACUCUACAUCCAAUCCAAGAUGCUACUUGGUUAUUAA